AUGGCCGAAAAGAAGCAGACGAAGCUCCCGCUGCCGACGCCCGUGACGGAGCCUGGCUUCGUGGGAGAGAGCCCCAGCAACGAGUACGUGACUGUGUUGACGCCCGACAACAAGACCCUGACGCCGAUCGGAUCUGGCGCGGAUUUCGAUCCUAACGGCCUGCGCAUGAACGUAUGGACCGUGGAUUUGCACGACGCCGACCUGCGCACCGCCUACUACUGGUGGGUGUGCUGCUGCCCGUGUGCGCCACUGGCGCAGUUGGAGACGCGUCUGGGACUCAACUCGUGCGGCCUCGGGUUUUCCCUCGACUUGAUCGCGUAUACUGGCCGCCUUCUAUUCCUGAUCUUGACGUUGGUCAACCUGUUCAGCGGCAAUUUCACUACGUUCGCCGUGUUCCUCGCGCUCUUCGUGUGCUGCUUGAUUUGGGUCGCGCAGCGCGUGGCUCGCGUGCGUAUGCAAGUCCGCGAGCGUCUGGACAUCGCCGGCUCGUCCAAGGACGACCGCAUCAUGGGCUGCGUGCGUAGCGCCAGCGCUAUCCGCCAAAUGGCCGUGCAGCUCAACGUUGGCAUGCUCCACUCACAGUUAGUCGUUGGUCCUGACCCUCGAGUCGGAAUUCCAGGCCAUGACGAAUCUGUGACGGAUUCCUUUGGAGCUGAAGACACUGAGUCCACACCUGUAGCUGCAGCCAGUCUCAUCGCUUCAAGUGUUCUACUACGUGCUCGUCUCCUUGAUCCCCCUGUCGGUGCCGUGACUACUGCGUCAUCCGCAGGUACUCGACGGUAA